GUAUUUCCCCUUUAAGAUUACGCGUCGGUUGGAUUGUGGUUUGACGAUUGGUGGUGGAUCAGGGAGGGUACAUCAAAUUAAACACAGACAACGACGAGACCACGAGACAGUACAGUCCUGGGAUUCAGUCAACAUGCCUGUGGCAUCAACUGGCACGGAGCCUGCUGUUCCUCAGGUCCUAGACACCCUGAGCGAUAGCAACAGCUCCACCACUGCCAAUGACCUUGACCUCAUCUUUCUCAAGGGCAUCAUGGAGAGCCCUGUGGAGCCUGAGAGCCCGAGCGAGACCCGUCUGGAGGCGGUGCGGGACAACAACGUGGAGCUGGUCCAGGACAUCCUGCGAGACCUAAGCCCCUUCACCCACCACAGCAGCACGGCAGCCGAGCUCGCUACCAUCCUCAACGAGCCGCAUUUCCAGUCACUGCUGGAGACUCAUGACUCGGUGGCGUCGCAGACGUGUGAGACUCCGCCCCCCAGCCCCUGUGCUUUCAUCGAGGCCCCCGUCACCACCGCCCCCCCCGUGCCAGCCGACUCCAUCAGGAUGGUGGGCAUUCGCAAGGUGGCCGGAGAACACCUGGGCGUGACGUUCCGUGUGGAGAAGGGGGAGCUGGUGAUCGCGCGGAUCCUGCACGGGGGCAUGAUCGACCAGCAGGGCCUGCUGCACGUGGGCGACAUCAUCAAGGAGGUGAACGGGCGGGAGGUGGGCAACGACCCGAGCAUUCUUCAGGAGGUGCUGCAGGAGGCCAGCGGCAGCGUGGUGCUAAAGAUCCUGCCCAGCUACCAGGAGGCCCUCCCUCCCCCCCAGGUGUUUGUGAAGUGCUACAUCGACUAUGACCCAGCCAAUGACAACCUCAUUCCCUGUAAGGAGGCCGGGAUGAGUUUUACCCGAGGGGAAAUCCUCCAGAUCGUCAAUCAAGAAGAUGUCAACUGGUGGCAGGCCCGACGUGUGGAAGGAGGCUGCACUGGACUGAUCCCUAGUCAGCUCCUGGAGGAGAAGAGGAAGGCCUUCGUCAAGACGGACGUGGCGCUCUCAGCAGGAACCCUCUGCCAUGGGAUAGCGGGGAAGAAGAAAAAGAAGAUGAUGUAUUUGACCACCAAGAAUGCAGAAUUUGACAGGCAUGAGUUGUUGAUUUAUGAGGAGGUGGCAAGGGUGCCCCCUUUCCGCAGGAAGACGCUGGUGCUGAUUGGUGCUCAGGGGGUGGGCCGCCGCAGCCUGAAGAACAAGCUGCUGGUCUCCGACCCACAACACUAUGGCACCACUGUUCCCCACACUUCCAGGAAGCCCAAGUCUAGCGAGAAGGAGAGCUUGAUGUACGCCUUCACCACACGCAGCAAAAUGGAGGCCGAUAUUAAGAGCGGCCGUUACCUGGAGUUCGGCGACUAUGAUGGCAACAUCUACGGCACCAAGAUCGACUCCAUCCACGAGGUGGUGGAGGCCGGACGCAUCUGCAUCCUGGACGUCAACCCACAGGCUUUGAAGGCUCUGCGAACAUCCGAAUUCCUGCCCUACGUGGUGUUCGUCGAGGCCCCAGAGUUGGAGGUGCUGAAGGCCAUGAACAAGUCAGCCCUCGAGGCCGGAGUGGUUGCCAAGCCGCUGGUGGACUCGGAGCUGAAGAGGACUGUGGACGAGAGCGCUCGGCUCAAGCAGGCGUACGGACACCUCUUCGACGUCUCCAUCGUCAAUGAGAACCUGGAUGAAACGUACCAGAGUCUCAAGGCCUCGCUGCUGAAGCUGAAUGGAGCCCAGCAGUGGGUGCCUGUGGGAUGGGUGUUUUAGAGAGUGUGUGUGUGUGUGUGUGUGUGUGUGUGUGUGUGUGUGUGUGUGUGUGUGUGUGUGUGUGUGUGUG